GUGUCCCUUCACAGCCUAGUAAUUUCCGGGCCACCGAUAUCGGCGAGACCGCAGUCACAUUGCAAUGGUCGAAACCGACACAUUCCAGUGAGAAUAUCGUACACUACGAAUUAUAUUGGAAUGACACAUAUGCAAAUCAGGAUCAUCACAAGCGCAUUUCGAAUACUGAGUCCUAUACGCUUGACGGCCUCUAUCCUGAUACCCUGUAUUAUAUAUGGUUGGCGGCGCGUUCGCAGCGCGGCGAAGGUGCAACAACGCCACCCAUACCCGUCCGUACGAAACAAUAUGUACCAGGUGCACCGCCACGCAAUAUCACUGCCAUCGCCACCAGUCCCACCACCAUAUCCGUAUCUUGGCUGCCACCGCCAGUGGAGCGCGCCAACGGUCGCAUCAUCUACUAUAAGGUCUUCUUUGUUGAGGUGGGUCGUGCCGAUAGUGAGGCCACCAUAACAACGUUGAAUAAGACUCACAUCGUAUUGGACGAGUUGAAACGUUGGACCGAGUACAAGAUUUGGACGCUGGCCGGCACCUCAGUGGGCGAUGGGCCGCGUUCGCAUCCGAUUAUUGUGCGCACGCAUGAAGAUGUGCCUGGAGAUCCUCAAGAUGUGAAGGCAACUCCAUUAAAUUCAACUUCAAUUCAUGUUACCUGGAAACCUCCAUUGGAAAAAGAUCGUAAUGGCAUUAUACGUGGCUAUCAUAUACACGUACAAGAAAUGCGUGACGAGGGCAAGGGCUUCCUGAACGAACCGCUUAAGUUCGACGUUGUCGAUACGCUGGAGUACAAUGUAACUGGCCUGCAACCUGACACAAAAUACUCCAUACAAGUGGCCGCACUCACGCGUAAGGGUGAUGGUGAUCGCAGCGCUGCCGUGAUCGUAAAAACGCCAGGCGGUGUGCCUGUGCGACCCACAGUCAGCCUAAAGAUAAUGGAACGCGAUCCAAUUGUAUCCAUCGAACUCGAGUGGGAACGUCCGGCGCAAACUUAUGGUGAACUGCGUGGCUAUCGUCUCCGCUGGGGCGUUAAAGAUCAACCGCUGAAAGAGGAAAUGCUACCCGGCCCACAGAUUACAAAACGUCGCUUCAAUGAUUUGGAGCGUGGUGUUGAAUACGAGUUCCGCGUGGCGGGUAGCAAUCACAUCGGCAUCGGUCAAGAGACAGUGAAAAUCUUCCAAACUCCCGAGGGCACACCAGGUGGACCGCCGGCAAAUAUAACAGUGCGCUUCCAAACGCCAGAUGUAGUGUGCGUUACAUGGGAUCCGCCCACUCGUGAGCACCGCAAUGGCAUCAUUACACGUUACGAUGUGCAAUUCCAUAAGAAAAUCGAUCAUGGUUUAGGUUCGGAGCGAAAUACAACGGUGCGCAAAGCGGUGUUUACAAAUCUGGAGGAGAACACAGAGUAUAUCUUCCGCGUACGCGCUUACACCAAGCAGGGCGCUGGUCCAUUUAGUGAAAAGAUCUUUGUCGAAACCGAGCGUGAUAUGGGACGUGCGCCCAUGUCAGUGCAAGCGGUGGCAACAUCUGAGCAAACAGCUGAGAUAUGGUGGGAACCGGUGCCAUCGCGUGGCAAGCUGCUUGGCUACAAAAUUUUCUACACCAUGACGGCGGUUGAAGAUCUGGAUGAAUGGCAAACAAAGACUGUAGGGCUGACAGAGUCAGCGGAUCUAGUGAAUCUUGAAAAGUUUGCGCAAUAUGCCGUGGCGAUAGCAGCGCGGUUCAAGAACGGUCUAGGGCGGCUGAGUGAAAAGGUCACAGUCAAAAUAAAGCCGGAGGAUGUACCGCUGAAUUUGCGCGCACACGAUGUCAGCACACAUUCAAUGACACUCAGUUGGUCACCGCCCAUACGACUCAAUCCGAUCAACUACAAGAUUUCGUUUGAUGCCAUGAAAGUAUUCGUGGAUUCACAAGGCUUCACGCAAACGCAAAUUGUGCAAAAACGUGAUAUAAUACUGAAGCAUUAUGUGAAGUCGCAUACGAUCAAUGAAUUGAGUCCCUUCACCACCUACAAUGUGAAUGUGAGCGCCAUACCGUCAGACUACUCUUACCGCCCGCCUACUAAGAUAACCGUUACCACACAAAUGGCGGCGCCGCAGCCGAUGGUGAAGCCCGAUUUCUAUGGUGUGGUGAACGGUGAAGAAAUAUUGGUUAUUCUGCCUCAAGCUUCCGAGGAGUAUGGUCCAAUUUCACAUUACUAUCUGGUUGUGGUGCCUGAGGAUAAGUCGAAUUUGCACAAGAAUCCCGAUCAGUUUUUAACUGAAGAUUUGCUGCCGGGACGCAACAAGCCUGAGCGACCGAAUUCGCCUUAUAUCGCUGCCAAAUUUCCUCAACGCUCCAUUCCAUUCACCUUCCAUCUGGGCUCUGGUGACGAUUAUCACAACUUUACAAACCGCAAGCUUGAGCGCGACAAGCGUUAUCGAAUUUUUGUGCGCGCUGUUGUCGAUACACCGCAAAAACAUUUGUACACAUCCAGCCCGUUCUCUGAGUUCCUAUCGUUGGAUAUGCGUGAAGCGCCGCCCGGCGAACGUCCACACCGACCCGAUCCGAAUUGGCCCUCCGAACCAGAGGUCUCUGUCAAUCGCAAUAAGGACGAACAAGGCAUGUGGUGGGUGGCACUGCCAGUAGCUGCCGCGCUCAUCUUCACCAUAUUCAUCACCUGGUGCAUUGUGCGACGUCGUCGUCAACCAUGCAAAACACCCGAUCAGGCAGCCGUCACGCGUCCACUGAUGGCCGCUGACCUCGGUGCCGGACCCACGCCAAGUGAUCCUGUCGAUAUGCGUCGCUUAAACUUCCAAACACCUGGCAUGAUUUCCCAUCCGCCCAUUCCAAUUUCCGAAUUUGCCAAUCAUAUCGAACGCCUCAAAGCGAAUGACAAUCAGAAAUUUUCGCAAGAAUAUGAGAGCAUUGAGCCCGGCCAGCAGUUCACAUGGGAUAACUCCAACUAUGAUUACAAUAAAUCGAAAAAUCGCUAUGCCAACGUAACCGCCUACGACCACUCGCGCGUACAAUUGCCGCUGAUGGACGGCAUCGUCGGUUCGGACUACAUUAAUGCCAACUACUGCGAUGGCUAUCGAAAACACAAUGCUUAUGUGGCAACUCAGGGACCGCUGCAGGAGACAUUCAAUGACUUUUGGCGUAUGUGUUGGGAGCUAAAGACGACUACUAUCGUUAUGAUGACACGCCUGGAGGAACGCACACGCAUCAAAUGUGACCAAUAUUGGCCGGUGCGUGGCACUGAAACCUACGGCCAAAUGUUUGUCACCAUCACAGAGACCCAAGAGUUGGCAACCUAUAGCAUACGUACCUUCCAGAUUUGUCGUCAGGGCUUCAAUGAGCGCCGCGAAAUCAAGCAACUACAAUUCACCGCCUGGCCUGACCAUGGUGUACCCGAACAUCCAGCACCUUUCCUACAGUUCUUACGUCGCUGUCGCGCACUCACACCACCCGACUCUGGUCCCGUUGUGGUGCACUGCUCGGCUGGUGUUGGACGUACAGGUUGUUACAUUGUUAUCGAUUCGAUGUUGGAACGCAUGAAACACGAAAAGAUCAUUGACAUAUACGGGCAUGUGACUUGUUUACGCGCACAACGCAACUACAUGGUGCAAACCGAGGAUCAAUACAUUUUCAUACAUGAUGCCAUCCUGGAGGCAAUUAUUUGCGGUCACACAGAGGUACCAGCACGUAACUUGCACACCCACCUACAAAAGUUGUUGGUAACCGAGCCGGGUGAGAAUAUAACUGGCAUGGAAAUGGAAUUCAAAAAGCUUUCGAAUGUUAAAGUGGACUCGUCGAAAUUCGUCACCGCCAAUUUGCCAUGCAACAAGAAUAAGAACCGCUUGGUGCACAUACUACCCUACGAAUCGAGUCGUGUCUAUCUAACACCCAUACACGGCAUCGAGGGUAGCGACUACAUCAAUGCAAGCUUUAUUGAUGGCUAUCGCUAUCGGUCGGCUUACAUAGCCGCUCAGGGCCCAGUACAGGAUACAGCCGAAGACUUCUGGCGAAUGCUGUGGGAACACAAUUCAACGAUUGUCGUCAUGCUGACCAAGCUCAAAGAGAUGGGAAGAGAAAAAUGCUACCAGUACUGGCCACACGAACGUUCUGUACGCUAUCAGUAUUAUGUGGUGGAUCCGAUUGCCGAAUACAAUAUGCCACAAUAUAAACUUCGGGAGUUCAAGGUGACCGACGCACGUGAUGGCUCCUCGCGUACAGUUCGACAAUUUCAAUUUAUCGACUGGCCCGAACAAGGUGUACCUAAGUCUGGAGAAGGCUUUAUUGAUUUCAUCGGUCAAGUGCAUAAGACAAAAGAACAGUUCGGUCAAGAUGGACCGAUUACGGUACAUUGUAGUGCCGGUGUGGGUCGUACUGGCGUCUUUAUAACACUCAGCAUUGUACUGGAGCGUAUGCAAUAUGAAGGUGUAUUGGAUGUGUUCCAAACCGUACGCAUACUACGAGCUCAACGGCCAGCUAUGGUGCAAACAGAGGACCAAUAUCACUUCUGUUAUCGCGCCGCGCUCGAGUAUCUCGGCUCCUUCGACAACUACACCAAUUAAUUUGUUAACCAGCUUAUUUAGCUCAUCCACACAUACAUAUGUAUAUGUUCAAUGCGCCACAAAAUAUACUAUUAUGCUAAAGAAAAAUCAAAAUCCCACAAAUCUAAAGUCAAUUUUAGUUUGAAAAACUGCUGAAUACGUACAUCUCAUCCUGAGUGUGAAAGCGUUAUUUUCGUUUGCCGAAAUGCCUAAAAAGCUGCCACAGAUAUGCAACUAAGCACACUUUAACCAAGGAGAGCUAAGAGCUCCAUCUACCCGGCUACUUCGCAAUUAUUUCAACUGUAUUAAAAAUGAUUUAUCAAAAUCAUUGAGCAUCAAACAACAAAAAAAGAGAACAAAACGUAUCGCUAUUGUAUUCAUUAAAUGCUAAGUUAAAUUGCUUAGUUUUUAAGCACAAAGAGUGUUAGCGGAAAAGAAUAAAUAAUUUACGAAAUACUACAUAAGUAUGAAUGUAGUCGUAUUUAUUAUUUAGACGCUUAAUUGUAUGCUUAGCUUUAAGUUACUUAUGUAUGUAGUUGUUGAAUGGUAAUCAUGCUAAGUUAAGUAAAAAUUAUUGUUAAAAUUCAAGCAGCUGUAGUGCGUGUUAAUUCGUAUGUAAACUCAAAACCAUUGGGUUAUUUGGAAAACUUGGGAUCAGUUAGUCAGCUAAUGGCUGACUACUAAACACAGCCACAUUUGUCUUUUAAGUUGUUUGUGAACUAAAAAGACUGUUAUGCAUUAAAUUGAUUAAAUUAAUCAGUAACAUUUACUAAAUAAUUAAUUCAAUGCAUUAGCUGUACAAAUAGUUAAAUAUGCAACUUGAAAUAAUUACAAUUCGAACUAUACUAAAUGCUUAAUUUUAUUUUGUAUUUUUUUGUGAAAAUGAGUAUAGUAAAAGUCAAAAUGCAUGUAUGCAAAAAAAUAUCAUAGCAAUCAAACUAAGGUAGGUGAAAUUUUAAAUGUACAAUUAUGACAAAAAGGUUCG